CAGCAAUACAUAGUUAUGUUUUCAGCUGAACAAGAGAACAAGAGAUAAAAUAACACCUUUCAGGCAUUGGAUGUGGGAAUAUUUAAAAUGGAUUCUGCCAGAAUCAUAAAAUGAUGUUAUAUCUAUAGAUAUUUUAGGAUUCUAUCUCAUAUACUGUAUUUGACCGGGAAUAAGCCCAUGCCUGUGAAUAAGCCCACUCCCAUUUUUAGCAGAUCUAAAGAAUUAGGCCCAUAUCCUUGAAUAAGCCCAUACCCAAAUAUGUAGUAUGUUUGCUAUCAAAAUUCACUGAAAGUUCAAAAGAUCGUUGGGUGACAAACUGGUCCCAAGAUAACAAGUAUUAAAAUGAUUUAAAACAAUGUUGUAGUUUGUGUUGUUUUAAUUUUUUAUAGCUUAAUAAAUACGAUUAUAUUACCAAUAAAGUGCAUACUUUUAGUACUAUGUACCAUCCCCCCACCCCACCCAGGCACAAACACACUACAGUCAUAUACAGUCAACAAUUUCACUGUCGGCUAUUGUACUUUGAUCAACAAAGCGACCAUUUCGUGAAACCUAAAGUAUGUCUGUUUCACUUGUGUCUUUGAUGAAAGCCGACCUUCCUGGCUUACAGUAAAAAUAGCUACAACAAAAACCUUUCUGAUUGGUUGAUUUGUAAUACUACUCGUGACGUCCCAUGAACUGACUGUUGUGAGGUAUGGAAGAGGGCGUGAAGACUGCCUUGAUUGACAACCAACUCAUGAUUGGUUGAAUGGUGUGGUAAGCAUUUUAAUUAAUUGACUGUUGUUUUUGUUGUGAAUUCUCAGUUGAGGCGCACUGACUCAUUAAUGAAUAAAAUAAAAGAAAUAAGUGUUUAACACAAACGAUGCAGCCACAUCUAUGUUUUUAUAAUAUCAUUAGAUUUAUUUAGUACUAAUCACACAUAAAACGAAUUGAGAGAAAAUAUUAUGCAUCAAACAAAAUGAAUAGAAAAGGUGAGUAAUAUUGAUAAACAAGCUCGCUUGGGGUAAUUACUGAGAAAUGCUAUAUAGUGGGUCUUAAAAAUACACAUAGUUUCUGUUUUCACCAAUAUACACUGAACAUGCCUUUCGUACGCAAACGGUAUACUGUAAAAGAUAAGUUAGAUGUUGUUGGCUGGUUUAGACGUAAUGGCCGAAAUCUGUCCGCGGCUGAAAGAGAAUAUGGCAUUUCAAGAAAACAGGUUCGACUGUGGGACAAAGAUUACGAGAAAUUGCUGAUGUUUUCGAAAGGCAAAGAUAGCGAACGAAAGAAUAUUGGUAGUGGAGCGGAAGCAAUGAACACCGAAAUGGAUCAAGCCGUCUUCGAAUGGUUCAAGGAUGAGCGGGCAGAAGGUAGAUGCGUGUCAAACUACUUUCUGCAAAGCAAGGCCAGAGAAGUUGCCAGUCAGAUUAGAGUACAGAAGUUCCAGGCAUCAAACGGGUGGCUACGUAGGUGGAAGCAGCGAUAUUCGGUGGGAAUCAGACGGGGGACAAACGACGCACAGAAAAUCCCGAGUGAUUACAAGGAGAAAAUUUCAGGUUUUCAUUCAGCAAUCCGGGCUUUAAGACAGAAAUGGGACUACACCGAUUACAACAUAGCGAAUAUGGACCAGACGAUGGUUAGAUUUGACACUGUACCGAAAUACACAAAUGAGGUCAAAGGAGCAAAGACUGUGCGAAUCUCUCACACCGGCGGUGCUAAAAAGGGGUGUACAGUAGCUUUGACGGCGAGUGCUAAUGGGGACAAACGAAAAGCUUUGAUCAUCUUCAAGGAGAAAAAUGGUGUUAUCGGCCCACGAGUGCUACCCACGUUGAAAGUGCCAGACAAUGUAUUGAUUACUGCUACGGAGAACGGUUGGAUGACAACAGCAAAAGUACACCAUUUCAUCCGACAUGUCUGGGGACCAAACGACGACGACACUCGGCGACUUCUCAUAUUGGACGCAUACAAGCCACACACGUGCCAGUCAUCGACAGAUCGUUUUGACGAGUACGAGACCGACAUAGUAACAGUACCAGGAGGCUGCACGGGACUUGUCCAGCCAAUGGAUACUCACGUGAACAAGGUGUUCAAAGAGAGAAUAAAGCAACAGUGGUGCGAGUGGUUCAAGUUGGCAAAGCGGAACUGCAGAGGAAAUUAUGUACAACCUACAAGACAGAACAUUAUAGACUGGAUAAGUGUCGCGUGGGAAGCUGUUGAGGAGGGAACCAUCCGGGGGGCUUUUAAGUCCUGUGGGAUUUCGCUACCAUUGGAUGGAAGCAGAAACUAUCUGCUAAGUUCUCGCUUGGUCGACGAUGUUGGACUGGAAAUCAAGGAAGUGCCACCACAUGAAGAGAUCGAAUCUGGAGUUCAUUUCGACGAUGAGGAUGGCGACACUGAUGACAUCGAGUUUGUUGGGUGGGACCAGGAUGAACUUGACAUCUGAUUAUGUACUUUCACUUUGUGUGCUGGAUUAUGUGUGUUCAUACGUUGUAAAAUAAAUUAAAAAACGAUAUUCUUUGGAUGUUGAAAUUAAAUUUAUUACCGCUUUUGUUGUUUUAUUUAUUGAUAAUUUCCAGGUUCUUUUACUCAUUAGUGAACAUUGGAAAUUUUUAACAAAACUGGCCCCAUGUCUGGAAAUAAGCCCACCCCCAACAAAGCUACAAAUGAGUUGUCUUGGCCCCCUGAGCUUAUUCCCGGUCAAAUACGGUAAUCAAGAUUGCGCUUCUGACAUAAAAUCUAUGAUUCAUGAAACCACGGAAAUUCUGCUAAAUUCAUAGCCUGUCUUUUUAGCUCUUGAAUAUUAGUGCACUGUCAAUGCCAGUAGAUGGGUCUUCUCCUUUUGAUAGUGUGCAAGGUGUGGCCCAGUAGAUAGAGCACUCGUCUGAGGUGAGAUGGGUUGU